AAAUUAGAUAAGCUCAUAUUAUGGAUUCAACUAAGGAUAGAGUAGAAGGUACAAGAGCCACAGUUAUCGAAAUCAUUGGAAGAACAGGUUCUAGAGGUGGAAUUACAUAAGUUAAGGUUCAAUUGGUUGGCUAAUAAAGAACAUUGAUUAGAAACGUAAUGGGACCAGUCAGAAAAGGUGACACAUUGGAACUUAUGGAAUGUGAAAGAGAAGCCAGAAGAUUAAGAUGAUCUAAAGUACAUUAAAUAUACAAUUUGCCACAUAUUUAAUUAUUUUCUUUA